AUGCCGUCUUCCCGUCAAUAUGAGCCAACACCAUUUGGCCAUGAAAUGCGACGGCAAUUUUCGUUUGCCGUUGGUUAUCGAAACCUGAAUCAUGGAUCAUUUGGGACAUCCCCGAUUGCUAUUCGCGAGAAAGCAAAUGAAUUUCGCGAAGAAUGUGAGAGCAACCCGUGUCCCUUCAUCAAAUAUCGGUUUACCGAGUUAUUGGAUGAAUCUCGGGCUGCCAUGAGUAAAUUCCUGGGUGUACCUGCACCCACCAUUGUCUUCGUUCCAAAUGCGACUACCGGAGUCAACAUAGUCCUACGGAACAUGGUAUGGAACAAUGAUGGAAGAGACGAGAUCCUUCGGUUAGAUAUAAUCUAUGGGGCAUGUGGCAAGACGACCGAUUAUGUCUGUGAAGCCAGCGGAGACAAGGUUCGGACUAGAGAGAUUGGGUUUACGUAUCCAAUCGAGGAUUCAGAGAUGAUUUCUACAUUUCGAAAAGCGAUACAAACCUCACGUUCGGAGGGGUUCCGUCCGCGAAUCGCUAUAUUUGAUACGAUUUCAUCGAGUCCGGCCCUUCGGCUUCCAUUUGAGAAACUCACAGAGGUCUGCCGCGCAGAGGGUGUCCUGAGUUUGAUUGAUGCUGCCCAUGGAAUUGGGCAGAUCGAACUCAAUAUAUCGUCAUUGGACCCGGACUUCCUGAUCAGCAACUGUCAUAAAUGGCUGUUUGUCCCUCGUGGAUGUGCUCUGUUUUAUGUUCCAGAGCGCAACCAAGCCAUGAUGCGAAGCACCCUGCCAACAAGUCAUGGGUUCAUACCUCGAUUGCCCGGGAAAGAAUCUUGUGCUCGACCCCAAGAGUCAGUGAAUGGAAAAACAGACUUUGUCUCCAUGUUCGACUUCGUUGGAACUACCGACAAUAUCUCCUUUUUGGCAGUGCCCGAGGCAAUUCGGUGGAGGGAAGAAGUGUGCGGUGGUGAGGACGCGAUCCGGGAGUAUUGCAUUCAGCUUGCACGCAAGGGUGGGCAAUGUGUUGCAGAUAUCCUGCAAACCCAAAUUCUGGACAAUAUUUCGCACACUUCGACAGACUGUUGUAUGGUCAACAUACUCCUACCUCUGAAGAGACCCACUUCGGGAGAGGGGAGUAUGGUCAAGAGACAUGAUGGGACCAAUGUGACAGUGGGUGAGUGGAUGCAGCAGACUUUGAUCAAGUCGCACAAUACAUUCAUUCCUGUAUUCCCAUUUCAGGGGUCUUGGUGGGCUCGACUAAGCGCGCAAAUCUACGUUGAGCCUGGCGACUUUGAUUGGGCUGGAUGGACACUGAGAGACGUCUGUAAGGAGUUAGAGGAGGGAGGAUACUGA